CAGAGAUAGAGAGAGAGAGUCUGUGAGGAGGCAGAGUACGAGAUACACACAGGAACAGAGGCAUAGCAUGUGCUUGUGAGUCAGAUUGCUUCUGUGCGUGCGUGUGUGUGUUUGUGGGUGUGUAUGAGUGUGUGUACAGAGAGACAGACAGAUAGAGAAAGAAGGGAAAGGAAUUCCACAGACAAAUGGUGCUCGCAGUGCUGUAGAGAAAGAUAUUGCAGAAAAAUCUUGCGUACAUGUGAAAAUUCCAAGAAAGAGGACGGGGCAGAGUGUGUGGACAUCGAAAAGGAGGAAAGCAGACUAAGACAUCCAUGAAACCUCUUACACAACUGACCGAGUGAGUGAGUGAAUGAAUGAUUGACUGGAGGGACACAGGAUUCAAUCAUCUCUGGACCAACAAGAAUAUAGUGCACCUUAAAUCUUUUCUAGCAAAGGUGCUUUGUGACGCAUCCGACAUCUCAACCUCCAUCUUUCCCAUCCUCCACCAUUCCAUCCAUCCGUGGCUUCUGAAAACAGACAGGGAAGUGUUUUCUUCGUCCUCACGAAUGCAACAGGAGGAUCCGAUGCGAUGGGCAGCACACCGAGGGACAAGACAGCCCGAGACAACAGAUUUGGGGAACUUUGUGUUCUCAUGCAAUAGAGACGCUAAGAUCUACUGAAUAAACCACGCCACACAUCCAAAUCCAGAGAUCUGCAACUAAAAACACAAGAGACACAUAUAUAUGUACAGUUUAGAAUGCCCAAUUCCCAAUGCACUCUAAGUCCUCGUGGUGGCGUAGUUACUCGCCUCAAUCUGGGUAGCGGAGGACGAAUCUAAGACCGUCAAUCCGUGGGUCUUAUCAUGUGGCUUGUUGAGCGCGUUACCGCAGAGAUGUAGUGUGUGUGGAGGCUUGCAUGAUUCUCAGUGGAAUCCACGCACAAUCCAUGUGCCCCACCAAGAGCGAGAACCACAUUAUAGCGACCACGAGGAGGUUAACCCAACGUGACUCUACACACCCUAGCAACCGGGCCAACUGGUUGCUUAGGAAGCGUGACUGGAGUCACUCAGCACACCAUGGAUUCGAACUUAAGACUCCAGGUGUUGUAGUCAGCAUCUUUACUUGAUGAUCUACAAAGUUAUCCAUCUACUGGAUUCAUGAAGAAUAACAGGAAAAGAAACAGCACUACCUAUGAGUCUGCAUAUCUGCGCCAUGCUGGGAAAAGUACUGGAAGUAAGAAAGGUCUGGCAAGACUCCUGAGACACUAUCAGAUCUGUCACGUCAUCAAAGAGUGGACACACCUACUGUCAGAAUCAACACAGACUCUUUAAGGAAUUCUGGGCUUUUAAGGAUUGGGAGACUGCCUUACAGAUUUUGUUCAAUGCCACGUGAGCACCUCCCAAAAAAGACUUUGCUUAUCAGAACACAGCUCAUGGAUGUGUAGCCAGUCUCAAGAAAACUCUAGAACAGAACAGGGUCAUACCACAACGGGGGCCAAAAACAGGAAGAAGAUACGGGGUGGUUGUGACACUGAGGUGGAUGAAACUUUUGUAACGAUUGUUGCAUAAUUUCCUAUCUGAAACUCAUAAAGCAACCUAACGACAGAUGGUGAACAACUGAGUUAAACUAAACAGCAUAUAAUAUCUGAAGGUUCUCCUAAAGCUACUCUGUAUUUAGGACUUUAUUGAAUUUAUGCCAAGAUAGAUGUGAAAACAUUGAAAAAAUUGCCAACAUAUCUUCUGAUUUUGAGUGUGACACACUGUGUAGUGUUAUAAUUUAAUUGAAUAUCCUGUUAUUAUAAAUUAACAACAUUGAAUUGUGCAAUAUCAGUAAACGGGGUGUAAGUCAUUGCCUCAAGUCUUUUUAACUGGAGCCACAAACUGCAACCUCUUGAGACCUCUGAAGCUGGACAAAGACAACUGUUGUCUUUCAGGGUUUUUUGUAAAGUACGCUUUCUGCACUGGCCGGAAGUCUUUGCCCAUCUGUGCCAUACAAAGACUCAGGGUGAAACAGCCUGUGACCAAGGAGGUAUUUUGAGACAGCAAUGGACAAGCCCAUCCGUCCUCAUGUCCCCUGCAAUGGCUGAGUGUCCUCCCCCAGUGCACUGACAACGUAACCUGCAGGACCAUUAGCUACACACAGUUCCUCUGCCAAGAACACCAAGUCAAGGAGUGAAUGUCCUGCCUGCGACCUGUGACCAUUCCCAUGGACACUGUCAAGAUCAUCCAGUCUGAGAAGUUUCCUCGGGAGUGUCCUGUCCCUGAGACUCAGCCACGUUAUGCACCACCUCCCCGUGUGGCAUGGGAUGGAGGAGGUGAGGGAGAGGUUAUUGUCAACCAGGCAUGUGGUGACCUGACCAUGGAGGUUAACGGAAACACAGUUGUCCCACCAAGACCCCUGGUGUCGUCCCCUGCCCCUGUCCUCCGCCGUGAAGCCAGUUACCUUGCACAGCGCAAGGCCAGCGCAUCCGACAUCUGCUACCACCAGUUCCAUUACAAAAUGGACAACGUUAUCGUCAACCAGUAUGUGCUCCGCUCUUCCUCCACCUCUUCCUCCUCCUCUUCCACCUCCUCAGGCCCAGUAAUGCCAUGUGAACCGCUAGACUGCCCCACUUGUGGACACACCUACAACUUUGCCGGCAAGCGACCACGCAUUCUGUCCUGCUUGCACUCAGUGUGUGAGGAGUGCCUGCAGAUCUUGUAUGAGUCCUGUCCCAAGUACAAGUUCAUCUCCUGCCCCACUUGCCGCCGUGAGACCGUCCUCUUUACCGAUUACGGGCUAGCAGCAUUGGCCAUCAAUACCAGCAUCCUCAGCCGGCUGCCACCUGACUCUGCAGGGGCCGUGCAGUGGGGCACCGAUGGUGACCGCAGCUGCUAUCAGACGGUGCGCCAGUACUGUCAGUCGGCUUGCACUUGCCACAUUGCCAACCCCCUCUCCUCCUGUGGCAUCAUGUAGACCCGAGAGGGCAGCUCACCGGCACAACUCAUCCAAAAAAUGCAAUCCACCUGUGCCCACAAUCUUAAAAACUUGAGCCACUCACAUUCACUCCCCAUGAAAGUCAGAGAUGUAUCAGUAUAUUUAAUAGCACAGGAUACAUUGUGGAAGUGAAAAGGACACUUGUGCGCAGUAACAGAGCUACUGUAUGAAAUAUCAGAGUAAAUGUAUUUUAUGUAUGAACUUAUUCCCCUCUAGCCCUCAAGCUCUUGUUUGGAUGUGUUCAUCAUUGACAUCUCUUCAAAUGGGAAUGCCAAUAGAAGUCUAUUUCCCCUAUCGUGGGUAUAAUAAAGACCAAUAAAGAAUUUA